CGGAGGCACCGAAAGCUGGAGUCUCUGUGCAGCAGCUUCGGCUCCAACAGCAGCAGGCGCAGCAGCAACCCCCGCAGCGGCGGCAGCCCCGGCGCCAGGAGGCCAAGGCCAAGGCCAGGCUCUGUGCGGCUCUCCGAGUAAUAGCCGCGGCUCCGGCGGCUGCGGGGGCGCAGCUUCCUCCAGCAGAGCCCUUCGCGUCGGCGGCCGCGGCCGCGGGGCCUCUCCUGCGCGCCCAGGGUCACCGUCCCCGAAGCCCGGCGGCGCGGCCCCCUCCCAGCCCCCCAUCCGUCUCCUCGCUCCCCUCAGCCGCCCUCCUCGCCGCCGCGUCUGCCGUUCCUCAGGCGGCCCGGCCCGGCCCGCCCGCCCCGCGUCCCCUCCGGCCGGUGCCUCUUCCCCCGGCGGGCUGCCUGCAUGUCUUUGCUGCCCUCAGCCCCGCCGCCACCGCCGCCGCCGCCUCCCCCGCCGCCGCAGCACCAGCACCAGCAGCAGCCGCCCCGCCGCCGCCGCCGCCGUCGCCGCCCGGACCCCGGCGCGCUGAAUGCAGACUAAUAGGGAUGCCAAAGGAAAAAUAUGAUCCUCCAGAUCCUCGCAGAAUUUAUACCAUCAUGUCAGCAGAGGAGGUAGCCAAUGGGAAAAAAUCUCACUGGGCAGAAUUAGAAAUCUCGGGUAGAGUGCGGAGCUUAAGUACAUCACUUUGGUCAUUGACACACUUGACAGCACUGCACCUAAAUGACAAUUACCUUAGUCGCAUUCCACCUGAUAUUGCCAAGCUUCAUAAUCUGGUUUACCUGGAUCUGUCAUCCAAUAAACUCAGAAGUUUACCAGCAGAACUAGGAAACAUGGUGUCUCUCAGGGAAUUGCUUUUAAAUAACAAUCUGUUACGGGUUUUGCCUUAUGAACUUGGUCGGCUCUUCCAGCUACAAACUCUAGGUUUGAAAGGCAAUCCUUUAUCACAGGAUAUUCUCAAUUUAUACCAGGACCCAGAUGGAACCCGAAAGCUACUGAACUUCAUGCUUGACAAUCUUGCAGUUCAUCCAGAGCAGCUUCCUCCGAGGCCAUGGAUUACAUUAAAAGAACGAGACCAAAUUCUGCCAUCAGCAUCAUUCACGGUUAUGUGUUACAAUGUGUUAUGUGAUAAAUACGCCACCCGGCAGCUAUAUGGCUAUUGCCCAUCCUGGGCAUUAAACUGGGAAUACAGGAAAAAGGGAAUUAUGGAAGAAAUUGUUAACUGUGACGCAGAUAUCAUUAGUCUUCAGGAAGUGGAAACAGAGCAAUACUUCACUCUCUUUCUGCCAGCAUUGAAGGAGCGUGGAUAUGAUGGAUUUUUUUCUCCAAAGUCACGUGCCAAAAUCAUGUCUGAGCAGGAGAGAAAGCAUGUGGAUGGUUGUGCAAUAUUCUUCAAAACAGAAAAAUUUACAUUGGUGCAGAAGCAUACAGUGGAAUUUAACCAAGUGGCAAUGGCUAAUUCAGAUGGAUCCGAAGCUAUGCUGAACAGAGUGAUGACAAAAGAUAAUAUUGGUGUCGCUGUGGUAUUAGAGGUCCACAAAGAACUAUUUGGAGCAGGUAUGAAGCCUAUUCAUGCUGCAGACAAACAGCUGCUUAUAGUGGCAAAUGCCCACAUGCAUUGGGACCCAGAGUAUUCUGAUGUGAAACUCAUUCAGACCAUGAUGUUUGUCUCAGAGGUUAAAAACAUUCUGGAGAAAGCCUCAAGUAGGCCUGGCAGCCCAACUGCAGAUCCUAAUUCCAUCCCGCUGGUGCUAUGUGCAGAUCUUAACUCAUUGCCAGAUUCAGGUGUCGUGGAAUAUUUAAGCAAUGGAGGAGUAGCUGACAACCAUAAAGACUUCAAGGAACUAAGGUACAAUGAGUGUCUUAUGAACUUCAGCUGCAAUGGAAAGAAUGGAAGCUCAGAAGGGAGAAUCACACAUGGCUUCCAACUGAAGAGCGCCUAUGAAAAUAACUUGAUGCCUUACACCAAUUACACCUUUGAUUUCAAAGGCGUGAUUGACUACAUUUUCUAUUCCAAGACUCAUAUGAACGUGCUUGGUGUCCUGGGGCCUUUAGAUCCUCAAUGGCUGGUUGAGAACAACAUCACUGGGUGUCCACACCCUCACAUCCCUUCAGACCACUUCUCACUGUUAACACAACUUGAACUCCACCCUCCACUCCUGCCUCUUGUCAAUGGUGUUCACUUGCCUAAUCGGAGGUAGUGGAGUACUGCCCCGCAAAGACGGGGAUCUGUUACUAUGGACCUGUACAGUUGUAAAUCAAAGUAUGUAGGAGUGAAGUAUGGCCAUCCUUAAGCUGCUUCUUCAGGUUCCUUUCAUUAUGUGUUUGCUAUAAGAUUUUGUACAAUUUUGUGCAUAUUGGUAUCAUUUGGCACUAGGGCUGGAACCAAAGUAUUAUCACUCUCUUUCCAAAUUUUUAAUUUAACAUGUUUUUAAGUUGGACCGUGUCAUAUUAUAUUAGGAGUCAGCAUUCAUAAUUGAUAAAUCACCGAUUCAAGGCCCAACAACAGGGUAUUUGUUUUUCCAAAACAAAUACUUUCUUUUGAAUGGUUUCAAGUGAGCCAACCAUUUUUCAUUUUUGUGAAAGGCAGUUUUUAAAAACUAUAAAUACAAGAUUUUAAACUGAAUGAUGGCAUGCCUUGCAGGAAACUUCCUUGAAUUUCUGUUUUCCAUGAUAACAAACUGAUUUUUGGCUCCCCAGUCAUUUGCACAUUAACAAAGCACUUAAAUUUGCUAGAUCUGUACAUAAACUAGCCAUAAUGAGAAAAACUGAGGAAUGAAAGGUGAUUGCACAAUAUGCUUUCAAAAUCAAGCAUUUAACAGCACACAACAAUUUGUUGGGCAAGUGCUGGUUGGUUUUUUUUAUUUGUUUGUUUUGUUUUUUGAGGAAUCAUUCUGUAUUUUGUUCCCCUAUUAGUUAUAACCUUACUAGAAGUAUUAAUUCUAAGCCUGUCUCUUCAGUUUCUUUAUAGGAAAACAACGGGUAAUUUCUGCUGCCACACAUCUUGAAAAUAGAAUUUGGUCUAUUUAGGAUGCCCACAAAAUUAGUGUCCAGUAUUUUUUAUUGUUUCCAUCCACCCUUUUCUGCCUGGUUGUGCUGGAAAAAACAGAUAUUAUAUGAUCUGUAUCAUUUUUGCUGUUAUGGUCAAAUGUUUAAAAAAUAACUACUGAAUGAAAAGGCCCUGAUCAAAGUUUUAGAAGAAGAAAGCUACAAAUAUUUCAUGUGUUUCCCAGAGUAGGUCAAGUGGCUGUUGGUUUUGGCUUUUUGAGGUGACAGUGGGAAGGAUUUGGGAGAGAGAGAGAACAGGGAGUAGUUGAAAACCUUGGAUCAUUUUUCCUGACUCUAGUUGCCAAAUGGCCAUUAUAUGCUUUUAAUCUUUGUUUCCGUUGUCUGUCAGGGUUGAAUUAAGAAGCUACUGGUUUAUUCCCAACUGUUGAUGCUCUUUAGAUAUGUUGGAAUCCUUUUUUCGCCCAGGAGGGGCCAGUUGAAAGUCUGUGACUCAAGAGGUAUUGAAAUACCGUUUAAUGGGGGAAAAAUUGGUUGGCUACUUGAUGUUAAUUAUGGCACAGUAACAGGAAAAGGUUGUGUCUGUGUUUUUAAGUUUUUCUUUAUUCUGCUUUUUUGCUGCUAUAAGAGUUUUCUGAAAUUUAUAUUUUAAACUUUUCAUGCACUUUACUGUUUCUAGUCUCAAAAUGUGAUAUUUUUAAUAAACAAGAAACUUUCCAUUAUGUGAAUGAAAUUUUAAAAGAAAAUAACCUAUAUUUGUGUUUCACUAAUAUAUAAAGUACAGGUCAAAUUUAAAUUAUUUAAUUAGUUUUAAAUAUAUACAAUUUGUCUCCUCUAUCAAACCUGACAUCUUAGGCUGUUUUAUUAGUCUUAAAUGAUGCAUUUCCUUUGGUCAUUUUAUACUAAUUUCUUCCAUAGUAAAUUAAUCAGGCUACAUAAUAUGAUAUUUCCCCUGAAGGGUAAUUUUAGUGCAACGAGGGAGGUGGGUUGAUGUAAUGUCAUAUAUGGGAUUGCAUCAGAAGGGUUCUGUAAAGCCUAAACUCCCUUUUAAAAGUGCCUAGUGAUAGAGGCGUUGUUUGUCAUCUAUUAUAAUUGGAAUGUCAUUGUAGUUGAGUGAAGUUUGAUGUAAAUAAAAUAUUCUUUUAAAAAUGUCAAGAUAUCAGAAUAAACAAAAUAAACAAAGAAACAACCCUUAAGAUGACAGAUUUUCCUCAAUGUGCAGGUAUCCCUUCUUAUAUACCUCAAGCAUUCAACAUCUAGCCAUGCAAAUUGAUUACAUAGUACUGGAAAGUAGAAUAGCAUGAAAAACUUAAUUUUGUGGACAUUACCUUUUUUUGUAAUCAGCUACUGUAUGUUUUAUUUUAAAUCUUCUGUUUUGGGUGGGUUUUCUGCUCUGGAGGUAUAUGCACUAACAAAACAUUUUCCUCCUUUCAUCUACGCAUGUUAAUUAGCAAUGUGAGCAAUAUUUCUUACCAUACUUCACUCCCAAUAUUUUUUGAGAUGUUUGUAUAAAAUGGAAUUUAAAGUUCACUUAUGAUUGUAUAUGAACCACAGAGGAGCCCAUUUAUUAAUAAAAAACUUUUUUAAUAGUUAAAUGUAGAGGGAAAAAUAAAAAAAAUUGGGAAACAUUGUAAA